AUGAAUAAGAUAGAAAAAUAUUUACCAAAAGAUAGUAAAUAAAAAUACGCUGUGGCAGUCCUGCUUGGACUAUAUAUCCUCAACAAAACAGGAAGAUACAUUUACUGGAAUUAUAGAAAUAGCUAAUUAGAGGCUAGAGCUAAAGCAUUUGCUGAUGAGAAGCAUAAUAGAAGACACGAAUUCAUCAAGGUUGAGAAUGAGAGUGACUUUCUAGACCUAGAUGUAUCUUAGUUAAGAGAAAAGCUACUUUACGGUGAAGUUACUAGCGAGUAGUUGGUUCAUAUUUUUGCUAAUAGAAGCUAUACUAUUGGUAGAAGACUAGGAUUGACAGCUGAAGAGUGCUUUGAUGAAGCUAUUGAAGAAGCUAGAAAGAAGGAUAAAGAAAGAGAAGAAGCGAUGAGAAAUGAAAAAGAUCAUUUGCUUCCUUUGCUUCAUGGUAUUCCCAUUGCUAUCAAAGAUAUGCUCUAACAAAAAGGUAAAAGAACAACAGUCGGAACAUAAUUCAUGAUGGAUAACAUUUCAGAAGAAGAUGGUGCUAUAGUAAAGGUGCUAAAGCAACAAGGUGCAAUUAUUUUAUAAAUUACUUUAUGA